AUGCAGUGCUACACCGAGCUAACGCCGCCCACGGGCGUCACGCACUCGCUCACCCUUGCCCUGACCUCAGCGCGCAGCAACAACCUCGUCGUCGCCAAAUCGUCGCUGCUGCAGGUAUUUACGACCAAGGCCGUGCCCACAGACCUCGACGUGCAGGCCGACGCGAGCUCGACCGCCCAGGCCCCCUACACCCAAGCUGCGGCCUUCGACAGCCGCGUCAACAAUGGCGAUGGAGACGGGCUAGAGACGUCGUUUCUCGGCGGCGACUCUGCGCUUCUGCGGUCUGACAAGGGCAUUUUGACAAAACUGGUGCUGGUGGCCGAGUUCACUCUAGCAGGGACCGUCACGGGUCUGGCUCGUAUCAAGGUUGCGGGCACCAAGUCGGGCGGCGAUGCGCUGCUCCUCGCGUUCAAAGACGCGAGGCUGAGUCUUGUCGAAUGGGACCCCGAGUCCAACGACCUCUCCACAAUCUCCAUCCAUUACUACGAGCAGGACGAGCUGCAGGGUGCGCCGUGGGCCGCACCACUGGGAGACUAUGCCAACUUCCUCGUUGCCGACCCCGGCAGCCGAUGUGCAGCGCUUCGAUUUGGCGCCCGCAACCUUGCCAUUUUGCCGUUUCGCCAGCCCGACGAGGAGGAUAUUGACAUGGAUGACUGGGAUGAGGAGCUGGACGGGCCGCGGCCAGCCAAGGAUGCGGCUGCGGCCGUGGUCACCGGAGCAGGCGGGCCCAUUGAAGACACGCCGUUUGCGCCUUCGUUCGUUCUCCGCCUCUCCAACCUCGACCCAACCCUUUUGCACCCCGUCCACCUCUCGUUCCUCCACGAAUACCGGGAGCCCACCUUUGGCAUUCUCUCCUCGGCGACACAGCCGUCGACUGUCCUCGGCCGUCGCGACUGCCUCUCGUACAUGGUGUUUACACUGGAUUUGCAGCAGAAGGCGUCUACAACGAUCCUCUCGGUCACCAAUCUGCCCCAGGACUUGUUCCGCGUUUUUCCUGUGCCGUCGCCCAUCGGCGGUGCUCUGCUCAUUGGCACGAACGAGCUCAUCCAUAUCGAUCAGUCUGGCCGUGCUAAUGGCGUGGCUGUGAACCCUUUCACGAAACAGAGCACAUCCUUUGGCCUCGCCGACCAGUCGGAGCUCGGCCUGCGACUCGAGGGCUGCAAUAUCGAGAUUAUGUCCCCGGAGUCAGGUGAGCUUCUCCUGGUUCUGAACGACGGCAGGAUUGCGGUGGUGACACUCGUUUUGGACGGUCGGGUUGUAUCCGGUGUGAGCAUAAAGCCCGUCUCACAAGAAGCGGGCGGCGGGUCCCUUUUAUCGGGCGUCGCCUACCUCACACGGGUUGGCCGACAGGCGCUAUUUGCCGGCAGCGAGGAUGCCGACUCGGUUGUCCUGGGAUGGUCGCGGAAGCAAACAGAAACGACACGACGGAAGCAAAAAAGCGGCGACGAGCCCUUUGAUGACGACCUAGAAGACGGCGAAGAAAUUGAGGAUGAAGAAGACGACGACGACCUGUACGGGGAUGGUCCGUCGACAAUACAGCUAUCUAGUGCGCAGGGCGGCUCUGGGAAGGGCAGCGGCGACUUGAGCUUCCGCAUCCACGAUCGCCUGAUCAGCAUCUCGCCGAUUCGGGACAUGACCUUUGGUACUCCGCCUUCAUCAGGCGAAGCAGGUAAAUCAAUCAACGAGAAGAAGAUCCGCAGCGAUCUCAGUCUGGUCUGUGCUGUUGGCCGAGGGAAGGCAGGGGCGCUGGCGCUUCUGAACCGGGAGAUCAAUCCCGAGCCCAUCGGCGUCUUUGACUUUUCCGAGGCACAGGCAUUGUGGACCGUGUGCGCGUCCAAGCCGAUUCCCAAGACGCUCCAGGGCGAGAAGGGUGGCGCCACGGUUGGCGACGACUACGAAUCGCCAGCCCAGUACGACAAGUUUAUGAUUGUGGCCACGGAAGAGGAGGACGGCUUUGAACGGUCUCACGUCUACGCUGUCACCGGCACCGGCUUUGAAAAGCUUACGGGCACCGAGUUUGAUCCAGAGGCCGGGUCGACGGUGCAUGCCGGCACCAUGGGCAAGCACAAGCGCAUUAUUCAGGUCCUCAAGUCCGAAGUGCGGUGUUACGAUGGAGACCUUGGUUUAUCGCAGAUUCUUCCAAUGAUGGACGAAGACACCGACGUCGAGCUCAAAAUUUUGAGCUCAAGCAUGACCGACGAAUAUCUGUUGGUGAUCCGUGACGACGCAAGCGCGUUUGUUGCGAAGAUGAACAAAGACUUUGAGCUUGAGGAGCUCGAGCGGGAAGACGAGCCGCUGACUUCGACGAAGUGGGCAACAGGCUGUCUGUAUCACGACACGAUAGGUGCCUUCUCUGACAACGCCAGUGGAGAGGGGAACAUUCUGAUGUUCCUGCUUAGUGAAGCGGGACAAUUUCACAUCUACUCACUCCCCUCGCUCAAGCAAUUAUACGUUGCAGACGGCCUCAGCUACAUACCUCCGCUCUUGUCGGCAGACUACACGGCGAGACGGGGCACGACAAGGGAGGAGCUGACAGAGCUUCUGGUGGCCGACCUGGGUGACACAGUCGCCAAGUCGCCGUACCUGAUCCUCCGCCACUCCAACGACGACUUGACCAUCUACCAGCCGAUCCGGGCGAGCGUGGCUUCUGCCCCAGAGACACUCGCAAAAAGCCUCCGCUUCUUGAAAGUACCAAACGGCACCUUUGCAAAAGCGCCAGCUGUGCCUCCUCCGUCACAAGAUGAAAACAGCCCUCCGCCCCGCAUCAUGCCGCUGCGUGCUUUUGCCAACAUUGGUGGCUACAGCACAGUCUUCCUCCCCGGUGCCUCGCCCAGCUUUGUUCUCAAGUCGGCCAAGUCGUUGCCCAGAGUGCUCAACCUCCAAGGCAGCGCCGUCCGGAGUCUCAGUUCGUUCCACACGCAAGGAUCCGAGCGCGGAUUUAUCUAUGUCGAUGCCGAGGGAUCCAGUCGAGUGUGCUCUCUGCCUGCGGGCACCAGUUUUGCCGAGCUAGGCGUAUGCGUACGCAAGGUCCCACUCAAUGUCGAUACCAACACCGUCGCAUACCACCCGCCGUCCGAGGUGUACGCAGUGGGCGCCAGCACACUCGUCGACUUUGAGCUGCCCAAGGACGAAAACCACCGGGCCGAGUGGGCCAAAGAGAACAUUUCGUUCAAGCCGCAAGUCGAACAGGGCCAGCUGCAGCUCGUCAGCCCCGUCAAUUGGACGGUCAUUGACACGGCGGAGAUGGAGCAGUAUGAGGUAAUUAUGUGCGUCAAGACGCUCAAUUUGGAAGUGUCCGAGUCAACCAACGAGCGCAAGCAGCUGGUCACGGUAGGCACAGCCAUCUCGCGCGGCGAGGACCUGGCCAUCCGCGGCCGCGUGUACGUGUACGACGUGGUGACUGUGAUUCCGGAGCCGGGGCGGCCAGAGACGAAUCGCAAACUCAAGCUGGUAGCCAAGGAGGAUAUUCCCCGCGGCGCCGUGACGGCGCUCUCGGAGAUUGGCACACAAGGGUUGAUGCUGGUGGCGCAGGGGCAAAAGUGUCUGGUGCGCGGUCUCAAAGAAGACGGCACGCUUCUGCCAGUGGCGUUUAUGGAUAUGAACUGCUACGUCACGAGCGCCAAGGAGCUGCCGGGGACCGGCCUGUGCGUAAUGGCGGACGCGUUCAAGGGCGUGUGGUUCACGGGGUACACGGAGGAGCCGUACAAGAUGAUUCUGUUUGGCAAGAGCAACACGCGGCUGGGGGCCAUCAACGUGGACCUGCUGCCCGACGGCAAAGAGCUGUUCAUUGUGGCGACCGAUGGCGAGGGCAACCUCCAUGUCCUGCAAUUUGAACCGGAGCAUCCCAAAUCACUGCAGGGCCAUCUUUUGCUGCACCGGGCCACAUUCUGUACAGGUGCGCACUUUGCCACAAGCUCGAUUCUACUGCCGUCAACGCCAGUGAACGACGACGAUGCUGCUGCCAACGGUCGCCCCAAUGGUCACCCCAAUGGUCACACCAACGGGGAUGAAAACGGAGGUGCAAACGUCGCCAUGGGAGUCGACGACGACGACGAGCGCCAGGCCGGACAUCCACCCGCGCAGCAUCUCUUGAUGGCCAGCCCCACGGGCGUGCUCGCCUCUCUGGCGCCACUGUCCGAGUCCGAGUACCGCCGGCUAUCGUCACUGGCCGCGCAAAUGGCCACGUCGCUGACGCACACUGCCGGCCUCAACCCCAAGGGCUAUCGCGUGGCGGCUGGCGCGGCCGACGAUGCGGCCAUUGAGGCGCCUGGCGUGGACGCCGCAGUGGGCCGCAGCGUCGUGGACGGUGCACUGCUGGCGCGGUGGGUGGAGCUGGGGUCCGGGCGGAAGAGCGAGAUUGCCGGGCGAGUAGGCUUUGCCAGCGCGCUGGAUGCCCGGGCGGCGCUUGAGGGCGUGCUAGGCUGGUCGCGGAUGUCGUACUUUUAA